AUGCUCCGGGCUCCGUCUGUCCCUGUGUCCCCCUGUCUGUCCCUGUGUUCCCCUGUCUGUUCCUGUGUUCCCCUGUCUGUCCCUGUGUCCCCCUGUCUGUCCCUGUGUUCUCCUGUCUGUCCCUGUGUUCUCCUAUCUGUCCCUGUGUCCCCCUGUCUGUCCCUGUGUUCUCCUGUCUGUCCCUGUGUCCCCCUGUCUGUCCCUGUGUUCUCCUGUCUGUCCCUGUGUCCCCCUGUCUGUCCCUGUGUUCUCCUGCCUGUCCCUGUGUUCUCAUAUCUCUCCCUGUGUUCCCCUGUCUUUCCCUGUGUUCUCAUAUCUGUCCCUGUGUUCUCCUGUUUGUACCUGUGUUCUCCUGUCUGUCCCUGUGUUCUCCGGUCUGUCCUUGUGUUCUCCUGUCUGUCCCUGUGUUCUCCUGUCUGUCCCUGUGUUCUCCUGUUUGUACCUGUGUUCUCCUGUCUGUCCCUGUGUUCUCCUGUCUGUCCCUGUGUUCUCCUGUUAUCCCUGUGUUCUCCUGUCUGUCACUGUGUUCUCCUGUCUGUCCCUGUGUCCCCCUGUUUGUCCCUGUGUUCUCCUGUCUGUCCCUGUGUUCUCCUAUCUGUCCCUGUGUCCCCCUGUCUGUCCCUGUGUUCUCCUGUCUGUCCCUGUGUCCCCCUGUCUGUCCCUGUGUUCUCCUGUCUACCCUGUGUUCUCAUAUCUGUCCCUGUGUUCUCCUGUUUGUACCUGUGUCCCCCUGUCUGUCCCUGUGUCCCCCUGUCUGUCCCUGUGUCCCCCUGUCUGUCCCUGUGUUCUCCUGUCUGUCCCUGUGUUCUCCUGUCUGUCCCUAUGUUCUCCGGUCUGUCCCUGUGUUCUUCUGUCUGUCCCUGUGUUCUCCUGUCUGUCCCUGUGUUCUCCUGUCUGUCCCUGUGUUCUCCGGUCUGUCCCUCUGUUCUCCUGUCUGUCCCUGUGUUCUCCUGUCUGUCCCUGUGUUCUCCGGUCUGUCCCUCUGUUCUCCUGUCUGUCCCUCUGUUCUCCUGUCUGUCCCUGUGUUCUCCGGUCUGUCCCUCUGUUCUCCUGUCUGUCCCUGUGUUCUCCUGUCUGUCCCUGUGUCCCCCUGUCUGUCCCUGUGUUCUCCGGUCUGUCCCUCUGUUCUCCUGUCUGUCCCUGUGUUCUCCUGUCUGUCACUGUGUUCUCCGGUCUGUCCCUCUGUUCUCCUGUCUGUCCCUGUGUCCCCCUGUUUGUCCCUGUGCUCCCCUGUCUGUCCCUCUGCUCCCCUGUCUGUCCCUGUGCUGCCCUGUCUGUCCCUGUGCUCCCCUGUCUGUCCCUGUGCUCCCCCUGCCUCUGUCCACAGCCGCCAUGGGAGAGUGGGGGUUCCUGUCUUCGCUGCUGGAUAAGGUGCAGUCUCACUCCACGGUCGUGGGUAAAGUGUGGCUCAGUGUUCUCUUCAUCUUCAGGAUCAUGAUCCUCGGAGCCGGAGCAGAGAAGGUCAGAGUUUGUCCAAUUAGAAGAAAACCUCACUUCUACUCACACAGCACCAUCUAG